AUGGACUACUCCGCCAUCAACCGUGGCGGCUUCGGCGACCCGGACGAACAAGAACAUGACGGCUUUCAUCGCCCUAUAACGCCUACAGACAAUAAUCCAAUUACUACCGAACCUACUUCUCCUCCUCCAUUCAGUCCGACACCGAGUACACCACCUCUCUUUGGUGGUGAUAAUGCUCCUGAGUCGCCGGAAGUACCAAAUUCUGCGACCAGGCCAGCAGGAUACAGGCCUGAGCCUCAGGUUAGGAGUAGCUCGAAGCAGGCAGGACAGCAGCAGCAGCAGAGACCUAGUGUACAGUAUAAGUUGAGAGCGAAGGUUACGGGUUUGGAGAGGACUGGCAGGAAGGAUCCGAUUUUGAGGUUUGAUGUUCACACUAACCUACCUAAAUUUCGAACUACACAAUUCCGUGAUGUCCGCCGUACUCACAGUGAGUUCACCAAACUCGCGAAUCAUCUUGUCUCUUCGAAUCCAGAAUGUUUGGUCCCAGCCGUUCCGCCACCUUCGACUUCGGCAGGUGUGGGGACUGAAGAAGACGAGGCAAGAGUUCGGGCUAGUAUUCAACGAUGGUUAAACUACGUUUGUGGGAAUGAGGUACUCAUGCGCGAUGAAGAGGUUGUUUACUUUGUUGAAGCGGACUUUGGGUACUCGCCUGUGGUUCGGAAGAGUCAACCUGCGACUGGUGUCAGGAGAAAGAUGUUGAAGCAAUUUGCACCGCCGCCAGAUGAUACACUAGAGUUGGCAGAUGCCAGACCUAUUGUUAAGGCCUUUUAUUUGGGGACUAUGGAAGGUGGGCAGAAGGUGGAUAAAGUUGUGAAAGCGAGGAGAGGUCUCGCAUUAUCCUUAUCCGAUCUCGGUGUGAAAAUGGGAAGUAUAUCCGAUCCACAGAUCACUACGCAUACGGGAUUAUCCGCCGCACUUCGUAAGCUCGGAAAAACGGUGCAGUCGGUCGGCGACCAAGCAGCAGCUCAAGCCACAGCUGAAGCCACAACUUUAGGCGAUGCAUUUAACUAUCAUUCUUCGGAUGCCUUUAUAGUAAAGGAGAGCCUUACGAACCGGCAGAUACUCAUGAGGGACCUACUUAACGCUCAAGCCACGACUCGAACGAGACUGCACAGCGCCGAUCGAUUGAAAGUUUCGAGUUCAGUGAGAAGCGAUAAAGUUGAUGAGGCGAUUCAAGCAUUAGACGAAGCUAGGAGUACAGAGACUCACUUGGCAGCGAAGGUGAAUCGGGUUACGUCGAAUCUAUUGGUUGAGCAGAGACGAUGGUUUCAAAGGACAGCGAGUGAUUUAAGGUCCAGUAUCAGGGACUAUACUUUGAGACAGAUCGAAGCUGAGAGAAGGAUUUUGGCAACGUUAGAGAAUGUUAGGCCUGAUAUCAGGAAUAUUGAUGCCAGCGGUGGGCUAUCGAGGCUGGGGAGGGAGAGUACGCCUGCUGCCAGACGGACGAACUUGGCAGCCAGCCAGGGACCUAGGGGCGAUGCUUGGAGUGGGGUUAGUAGGAGUAAUGGGCCUGGGAUUAAUAGGGCGAGCGCAGCGAAUAUGGUUUUGAGUCCUGGCACUGGGGUGACUAAUGGGGGUGGUGCAGGGGUUGUGGCAGAUGAAGGGAAGAGAACUUUGAAGGGGGUAGAGGAGGAGGCGGAUGAUGAUGAUAGGGUGGAUGCCCGGAAUGCGGCUAGCAGACUGGCGGCGUCGACUUUUUAA